UCAGAUACGCACCGCCGAGCUUCAGCAGGAAGUCGGGACAAUCGGCGUCAAACCUUUUGUGGGGUUAAAAUGCUGACCCGUCGCACACAAUGUUCUGGCCUCGGCCGGGGAAUAGCUCCAUCUGCCAGUAGCGAGGGUCGGCGUACACUGCACAGGUCAAGGUCACAUGUCGGGACGUUGCGUUCACUGUACAGAUUUAUUUUCCAUACUGACACAGGUGUUGAAUGAUGAAAGCAAUACCUAUGUCUCCCGGGUUGAGCCAUAAGUUGAAGGAACUGCAGUAUUUUUGACAGCGUUGAACAGGAACAACUCGAACCGUCGGGAGCCCCUCGCCUACCACCAACCAGCCCAAGACCCCCACACCCUGAGACUCAAACAACAGCAGCAGUAAAUACACAGGAAGACAGAAUUUUUCAUAUUUUUGGACUCACUUUGCUCUGGGAGUUGAUGCUGUGGGUGACCAUGCAGCGCUGCAAGAUGGUCCCGGCACUGUCCAGCAGGGGGCAGAGCUCCGCUUUGGGAAAGAGCCACCUCAGCACCUUCUCUCUGGUCGCAGAGCGAAACCUCCUACAGAAAUGCAGCAGCGUCUGUGUCUUAUUCACGCACUCACAAAUUCAGUAGAAGGUCACAAAGUCGAUGUGUACCAAAGCAAGGUGAAGUUAGCGGGUCCUUGCGGGAGGCCAGCGUUCAGAUUCUGCACGCCGUCGUCAUCUUCAAGCAAAACCGACAUGGAACCCGAAUGGGCCAGGUAAAGCUCCUCCAGCUGGAGCCUCUCAAUGCUGAGGGACUCGCCACCCUGCAGGAAACAACAAGGAAUUAUUAGAACACAAUUCAACUGAGAUUGAUGAACAGCUGACCUUCAACAGGACAAGUUGAGGCCCCCGACGCAAGGUCACAGUCCCGCUGAGGCUCUCUGGGAUCUCCAGCACUGAUGAGAUGUCUGCACAGCCAGAACAGUUGACCAAGUUCUGUCUGACGGAACCGGCACUCCACCAUUCAUGGAAACCUGCACAACCCCCACCUGUAUUGUCAUCUUAAUUCUUCAUAUUUUUUUCAGUUCUGUUUUUAAUGAGCAUGUAAAAUGGAGGUGGUGCCGAUCAUACCUAGCAAGUUGUACUUCUUGGCAAUGGGCAGCGACAGCAGGCGUACGUGACUGAGAGGUGACGACCAGUUAUAGGACCCCAAAUGGACCAGACCCAACUGCGCGGAACUCUGCGGAUACGAGAAGGCCAAGACCACCACCAACAGGAAUCCCACUACCACCACAAACUACACACAAUGACAGGACAGUUUAGUCAGUUUCACAUAGUACAAUACCCAUUGUUUACUAUAGGAUUGUAUUGGAUUGUAUACGCUUCUUGUCCUGACCUUGGCGGUGGCCCUGAGAACAGGGAACUGAGGCGGAUCUCUCCUGGGCUCAUUGGUCUCCAGCAUCCGUUUGAUGAAGCACUCGAUCUCCCUCUCUGACAUCCCGUAGCGGUAGCCCGACUGACGGAGGAUGUCGAUGCUCUCGGACAGUUUGUCGUAAAUGCAAGGCUCGCUCAUCGUCGUCCCCAUGGCAACAGCAAUGGCGGCCGCUUCUGAGUAAAAAUGCGCAAUUUCGCAUAAUAAGUGUUAAGUGACAUCCAAUGUGUUGACUAAUAUAACGUGUUUAAAUCACUUAUAGGUUCUUGCGCAAAAUACGAAGUGAAUACAAAGUUAUCUAAAAUGAUAAAUAUGUUCGUAUCGCAAAUUUUCAUGACAUAAGGCGAUUAAAAUGUGAGUUAACUUAAAAUGACAUGUACUUUAGACUGUACAUGCUAGCUUGUGUUUACUUGCAACGCUCGUUUGCUAGCAAUGUCAUUUGCAUCGCUUAAGGAUAAAGACAGCGAAUGGAUUAGCUCACCUUCGAGGAAAAAACAACGACCUUUUAGGAAAGCGUUUUUCAGUUCGGCAUCCCUUAAAAAUGGUGUAAUUUAUGUUUUUAACAUAAUAUUCUAGAUGAUUCGCUACAGUGCAUAGCUAUACUUCCUAGACUACACACCUGCAACUCGCUCUUCUUCUACGGUUGAUGGUUUGAGAUUUCGCUAUCGCCACCAACUGGUCGUCGAAAAAAAGAAUGUAAACUGAUAGGGAAACUCGUUUCUGUGGAAUGUGUUUUCACCGUUUUUUCUUUGUUUUUCCGCAGUUACUGAUAAAAUAUAUGGCAGAGCAUACUUUAAAUAUUAGUGAUUCUUACACAAAAACACAUUGACGAGCUUGCAUUCCAGCAAGCAGCAUCGAACCAAUCAGAAAACACAACCACCACAGCUGAUCCUAUUAGCCAAUGAGAGCACAGUUUACAGGAAAUUCUGGACCUUGUGCGUCAAAUCAGACAGGACCCGGAAACAGCUCAAAAUGAUACACAAUAAUGUUUGUUUUUCUAAGCGAAAACACAAAUAAAGUUCAACAGACGUGUCAUAACGCAACAAAAAUUUAAUAGGUAAUGUUGACAUUUAAAAUUACUAAUAUCUUAACCAAAGAACUCUUAUAUAAAGAAUAGAACGCACAGUCAACAUUACAAAAACUUUAUUUUGAAAAUAGAUUCCGGAAAUGCCUUUGCUACCCAUGUGAGGUACACAUCAGACAUGUAACCUGGUUGUGAAGUGACUUUCACAAUUGUUCUUUUCCAGCCUGCAUGUUCAGACGAGGAUUAAACUCACUCAACAAGAGUCAGGAAAUAGUCUUUAGUCAACACCAGUCAGUCCACUGUUCUGCUGUUGUCUCGAAGUGAAACUUAACCGCCGUCCAGAUGCUCUCCUCAGGCAGGACAGCGUCCUCCCGCCUCUGCUGGCCGCUGCCAAGGCUCACUGUCUGGCUGAAUUCCGACCAGAGAGCCGCCAGCACUCUUCAGAAAGAGCUGAUAAAGAAACGUGACCUGGAGAAAGAUGAGCUCCGCCCCCUCUAUAUGGACUUCCAGGCAACGACGCCAAUGGAUCCUCGGGUGCUGGAUGCCAUGUUGCCUUAUCAAGUCAAUUACUAUGGCAACCCUCACUCCAGAACACAUGCGUACGGUUGGGAGAGCGAGAGCGCCAUGGAGACGGCUCGGAAGCAGGUGGCCGACGUGAUUGGAGCAGACCCCCGAGAGAUCAUCUUCACCAGCGGUGCCACCGAGUCCAAUAACAUGGCUAUCAAGGGUGUAGGCAGGUUCUACCAGGCCAAGAAGCGACACGUGAUCACUACGCAGACGGAACAUAAAUGUGUCCUGGACUCCUGCCGCAUUCUGGAGGCGGAGGGAUUCCGCAUCACUUACUUGCCGGUUCAGAAGAACGGACUGGUGGACCUUGAGCUCCUGGAGGCAUCCCUCACUCCUGAUACCUCCCUGGUGUCCAUAAUGACAGUCAACAAUGAGAUCGGCGUGAUGCAACCUGUUAAAGAAAUAGGUCAGCUGUGUCGUUCCAAGGGAGUCUUCUUCCACACGGACGCGGCGCAGGCGGUAGGAAAGGUUCCCAUCAACGUGGCCGACUCCAAGAUUGACCUGAUGUCCAUCAGCGGCCACAAGAUUUACGGACCCAAAGGCGUGGGUGCACUCUAUGUGAGACGCCGGCCUCGCGUGAGACUGGAGCCACUUCAGAACGGUGGAGGCCAAGAGAGAGGUUUGCGCUCCGGCACGGUCCCCACGCCCCUGGCCGUUGGUCUGGGAGCCGCCUGCAGCAUCGCCCAGCAGGAGAUGGAGUAUGAUCACCAAAGAGUGUCCAUGCUGUCGAAUCGCCUGGUCCAGAAGAUCAUGUCUGAAAUCCCUGAUGUCAUCAUGAACGGAGACCCAGAACAACGCUACCCUGGCUGCGUCAACUUGUCGUUCGCCUACGUGGAGGGAGAGAGUCUGUUGAUGGCGUUAAAGGACGUGGCGCUGUCUUCCGGAAGUGCAUGUACGUCAGCCUCUCUUGAACCGUCGUACGUACUCAGGGCCAUCGGCGCCGAUGAAGAUCUGGCCCACUCUUCCAUCAGGUUUGGGAUUGGUCGCUUCACCACAGAGGAGGAGGUGGACUACACUGCAGACAAAUGCAUCCAGCAAGUUCAAAGACUCAGAGAGAUGAGUCCUCUAUGGGAGAUGGUGCAGGAAGGCAUCGAUCUGAAGAGCAUCAAGUGGACGCAGCACUAGACUCCUCUCAUUUCCUGGUUGACAAAUGGGAUUUUUUGAAAAUUUUUUUUUUUUUUCUCUUUCCUUUCUUUUGCCGUACAUAAACACGCACAAAUAUUAUUUCAGACGGCUCUUAAAGAAGGAAAUAAUAACUCUGUUUAAGUUCACAAAACCUCACACGCUUUGGGAUUGUUAUCAUGAGUACCAAAACUUUUGAAUGCAAACUUCAGUGUUUUUAUUAUCCAGUCACCCAUAUUAGAUGUGGUGUUUUUUUUGUAUAUGAAUGAGCUUUAUAUUUGUGCAGCCAUACAGUUGUUGAGUGUGACGUCCACGUGCUGUGUUUAUGUCUUCACCUAUGUCACAAAGCAUCAUCAUGUUAGUGUCAUACUAAAACCCGGAACCAUGCAGGACCUGAUUUUCAAAAUGGUGUAGGGGACAAACUGUCCAAUAUAGUGCAUACUUAUAAGGAGAUCAACAUUUAAAGAAGUCUAUUAAAUGUCUAUUAAAGAAAGUGUCUUAUCGGACCUGGUGUUUUUUGUAAGCAGUUCAUUUUGGAUGUACAAUAUUAUUCAAUAAACAUGUACAAUGCAGAAUGUUUAAUACAAGAUUAUUCCACCUACCGUGCAUACUAAUUUUAGGUCAAUAUAGUGUUUAAAAUACAUACAUUAAUACAGGGCAACAUACUGAAAAAUAAAAAGAUGUGGCGCGCGCUUUAAAAGUUUUAUAGUUUCCAAAAAAACGUUAUUAUAGUCAAAGGCAAAGCUUUUUGUGCAAUUUAUUAGUAUUGUAGUGCUAGGUUACCGAUACAUAAUUCACCCCGGAACGAUCGAUAGGGGAGUGGUUGCCACCCGGAGGGGUUGGCGCGAGGGAGAGGGGAUUCUCUCUUCCUGUUGUGGUUGCGAAGCGUUCAGUUAUGUGUCACGUAGC